AUGCUAUACCCGGUCACACGGCGCCUUCUCCCUCUUAGUUCACCGUCAAAAUCAUUGCUGUGUUUGAACCUACAACGAUGUCCACAAAGUUUAUGGACGGGAGCUGAUAUUAUCGUUGCAAAGUCGACGACAACGACAACUACGUCAAGAAGACACCUCCACCAAACACCCGCCAACUAUACAUUUCGGCCUGUCUGGAUUGAGCAGCGUUUUAAGAUGCCAUGGAUUGAGGCAUUACAGCUGCAAAGGGAGAAGGAGAGGUCGGGGGUAGAGAAGGCCGCGAGUGAGGGAACUUCGCCGCCAACGGUGGAUUUGAAGCCGAGAAAGAUGAGAGAUAGUUAUGUUAAAACAAUACUACCCCUAGCCCAGGACCCAUGGCUAUUAGAUACCUAUUUAAAUUCCUCAGGACAUAUCCGCUUGGGCUCCCUCCUGCUGGAUCUGGACGCGCUGGCCGGCGUCGUCGCAUAUGGCUACACAGGUGAUUCUGUAAUGAUUGUUACCGCCGCUGUAGACCGUAUCACCAUUGAGCACAUGCUCAAGGAGAUAUGUGACCUGGAGCUCAGUGGGCAGGUCACGUAUGCCACGGGCCGCUCGAGUAUGGAGAUUUCGCUUCAGGUUGCAAAGGCGCCUGCGGAGGGACAGGCGGUUAAGGAGGAGGAUGUGUUGAUCACGUGUGCAUUUACGAUGGUUUCAUUAGAUCCAACGACGAAGAAGCCGGUAGCUGUUGCACCUCUCCUUGUGGAGACGGAGGAAGAGCGGAGGUUGUUUGAGCUUGGGGAGAAGAACUAUCUGGCGAAGAAACAGCUGAGAAAAAGGAACUUACUUGAGCAGACACCAAAUGAUGAGGAGAGUGAUCUCAUUCAUGCCAUGUGGACGAAGGAGAUGGCAUAUCAACACCCUCAAAACCCUGUCACCAGGCCCAAAAAUCUCAUGCGCAUGGAAGACACCGUUCUUAAAUCCGCACAGAUCAUGCAACCGCAAUACCGCAACAGACACAAUUUCAUGAUCUUUGGUGGUUUCCUCCUCCAGCAAACUUUUGAGCUUGCUUUCUGCUGUGCUGCAGCAUUCUCCAAUUCCAGACCGACUUUCCUCUCUCUUGACCCUAGCACCUUCGAUAAUCCCGUCCCUGUUGGCUCCGUCUUGUAUCUUAAGGCGACCGUGUCGUAUACUGAUUCUCCCAUCACCAGCACCAGCAGCGUCAACGGCAACAGCAGUACGCGAAGAUUCACAAAAGUCCAAGUACGGGUUGACUCGAAAAUGCGUGAUAUAGAGCACACAACCAAGAAGCCCACUGGCGUGUUCCAUUACACAUUCCUGGUCGAGAAUGAUGUUCAGGUUAUGCCGCAGUCGUAUACUGAUUUUAUGAUCUGGGUUGAUGCGAAGAGGAGGGCGCAGAACACCAAUAAGAGUUUAGUAUCAGGUAUUAUGGAGAAGGAUUCACUUGCUGGGAUUCGGGAGGGGUUAACGGAGUGA